GGUGACGGCAAGAUUGCAAGAAGCAAAGCACACGUACAGGUGUCUCUCUCAACAGGCGCAGUGCUCCAUCAAAAAGGAAAGGCAUCGAAGAGAGCGCCACGCGGAGCAGAAGCAACAGAGGCACUGCUGGCUCAUGCGGCCGAGAUAGGCCCAUGCGGACGGCGGCGUUGGGAUUUCCACGGCGGGUGGCGGCCAAACGAUGGGCGCACGGCAGGUGCCGCCGCGCGCCAACUGUUUUCGUCGUCGCCCGGUCCGGGCUCUGGGCUCUCGGAACCCCAUGCCUCACGCACGCACGCUUGCACACCUGCCCACGUCCCAAAAGGCUCCUGCCUCUCCAAGGUCGCAACGCACCCACGGCCGGGCAACCAGAGCACUUGCUCCCGCACCGGUCAUCGCCAUUGCCGAUUGCCACCGCCAGUUGACGCCGGCGGCCGUCGCAUCCAACAACCAAAGCCGACCAGGCGCCGCGCCGUCCUGAUAGCCCGAUGUCUCUGCUGCCGCUGUUCCUGAGGCCGGCGGCGCGGUUCCUGGGGCCGUUCCUGGCGGGCCGGCCGGCGGAGGCGGCGGCCACGGUGCUGCACCGCGCCGGCGUGCUCCCGAGGAACCGGGCGCUGCGGCGGCUCGUCAGGGACGACGGCGGCGCCGAGGACUGCAUCGCGCGUCUCGUCGUCAGCGUGGUGAGCUGCCUCUGCUAGAUAGCCCCCACACUGUGAUCUGGGCCCGGUGGCGUUCCGCUCUCCACCCCCAGUUCGUAGGUUCUCAGCGUGCCGUGUAUGCGUGCGCGCCGCCGAGCUGAUCAAAGUAGGGUCGAUUUCAAGUCGACGGUCUGAGUUGAAAUUCAGUUAUUUGGCCGGAUUGAAAACCGAAAGUUCGGAAUUUCGAGAAUGUUCUGUUCCCAUGAUCGGCAUUUAAAAAGCAUGAUACAGACUGAGGCCUUCUUUGGUUCAUAGGAUAGGAAUUUUAUAGAAAUAGAAAAAUCAUAGGAAGUGAGAUGACAUGCAUGUCAAUUCCUAUA